AUGGAAAAACCCUCACCGUCUCAUCAUGAUUCUGCCUCCAACAUAGACGAUUUUAAUCAUCCACCUUCAAACCUAUUGUUUGAUCCCAAGUCUCCUGCUGGACAACUGAAAUACAGCGAUAUCAAUGAGAUCAGCUCUAUCGUAGCUGAAGAUGAGAUUGGUGCUUCGAAAAUCUCCAAGGCAAACUACGCAAGUUCAAACGUUUUAAGUUGUGUUACCAGUAUUACUUAUACUCCUUCUGAGAUUGAUAGAAUUGUUGAAAAACUGAUUUCCAGACAUUUUUCGACUGCUAGUAUCAACGUUGUUGAUCCAAGAGAGAAUAGAGUCACUAUUCUAAAAAAAUUGAAGAAUAAAACUAUUUCUGGGUUUUCUUUUUCAUCAAUUCCCCCCAUUAGUUAUUUUCUUGUCUUUUCUAGAUUCAUUAAAAAGAAAGCUGGCGAAGAUAAUUAUUGCUGCAAAAUUUUGAAAUUUUUAGGAUGGCCUCUUGUUUUAUAUCCUUUUAUUAUUGUUGGUAUUAUUGUUGGUGCUAAUCAUAAGACUGUUGAUCCAACUCUAGUUUUUGUUUUCAAUAUCCUAGCCAUUUUGCCAUUAUCAAUUAAUAUUUCCUCUGCUACGGAGGCUUUGGCCAACUUGACCAAUUCAACAAUUGGAGCGUUGAUUAAUGUCACCUUUGGAAAUUCCAUAGAAUUGAUCUUUGCAAUAAUUGCUUUGACUAAAGGUGAAUUAUUAGUUGUGCAAUGUUCAAUGACUGGCUCUUACCUAGUCAAUGCUCAAUUGAUUCUUGGUGGUGCUAUUUGUGCAGGUUCAAUUCAUUUUAAAGAAUUGAAAUUUGAUAACCUUAUGGCCUAUUUUAACAUUAUUUUUAUUGCUUUUAAUGGUUUCAUUUUCAGAUUGGUUUAUUACUUUAAUUUUAGUAUGAAAGAAAAUGGCAAUAAAGACCCAAGCUCCAUAUCUGACUAUUCUAAUCCUUCUCUAACUAUUUUGAAAAUCUCUAGAGCUAUCUCAGUUUUAAAAAUCAUUCUCUAUAUCAUCUAUUUAGUUUUGCCAAUUAUGUAUAAAAAGUUUUUACAUUCUGAUGUUGAAAAUGAAAAAACAAGCAAAUAUAGAAUUAUUAAUUUAUUUACAAAACACAGGGUUUUCUUUCUUUAUGCUUUAUUUUUACUAGCUAACACAAUUAUCGUUGCGUUUAAUUCAGAAUAUAUUUUGGAUUCAAUGGACGCGUUUUCUGAAAGUUCAGGUCUUUCAAAGGAUUUUAUUUCAUUAAUCAUUAUUCCAAUUAUUUGCAAUUCUGCCGAACAUGUCUCUUCAAUUGUUGUUGCCUAUAAGGGUAAAAUGAAUCUUGCUGUUAAUAUUGCUGUUGGCUCUGCAGUCCAGAUUGACUACUUCAUUUCUCCUUUUUUGGUUUUGAUUGCAUCUGCAACUGUUAGUGAUUAUUCAUUUUUAUAUGAAGGAUUAAUCAUGGAAUGUUAUUUUGCUGCUUGUCUUCUAACAUGUUUUGUUAUUAUGUUGGGUAAGGGUUAUUUUAUUGCAGGUGUUUUAAGUUUAUUUGUUUAUACAGUUGUUGGUAUUUUAAUUUACUACAUGGUAUUUUAG